AUGGAUAAGUGUUUGCCUUUCUACGACACCUUGAAGGGGAAUAAGAAAUUCGAAUGGACCGAAGAGUGCGAAAAAGCUUUCCAAGAGCUGAAACACUACUUGGCCACUCCCCUAGUGCUCGCAAAACCAGUAGAAGAAGAACCAUUGUUCCUAUACAUCGCAGUGUCAGUCACGGCUGUAAGCGGCAUCCUCAUCCGAGAAGAACGUAGCGAACAAAAACCCAUCUUUUACGUAAGCAAAACCUUACUCGACGCAGAAACACGUUACCCGAUGAUGGAAAAUCUCGCGCUCGCAGUCGUAAUGUCCGCACGAAAGCUAAGGCCGUAUUUCCAGUCCCAUACAAUCGUAGUACUUACUUCGUUCCCACUAUGGGCAAUCGGGCUAAGCGAGUACGACAUCGAGUACCGAACAAAAUCUUGCGCGAAAUCGCAGGUGCUCGCCGACUUCCUAGUAGAGCUCCCUACAGGGUGCAUGACUAACCAGGAGCCCGAUUCAAUGUGGACCCUCCACGUCGACGGAUCCUCUUCCAAACAAGGAUCCGGAGGCAGGGUCAGACUCACGUCGCCACUUGGAGAAGUACUGGAACAAUCGUUCCAACUGAUUUUCCACGCUUCGUACAACGCAGCCGAAUACGAAGCCCUAAUCACGGGUUUACGAUUGGCUCACUGUCUAAAAAUAUGUAAUAUCCACGCCUACUACGAUUCCCAGUUAGUUGCAAGUCAAUACAGUGGAGAAUAUGAGGCAAGGGAUGAGAGAAUGGAUGCCUACUCAAAACUCGUUCAAAACAUGGCUCAAGGCUUCGACCGGUUUGCUCUAACCCGGAUCCCUCGGGCUGAAAAUGUGCAGUCUGACGCCCUAGCCGCCUUGGCAUCUAGUUCGGAUCCAGGCCUGAGGAGGGUGAAUCCCGUCGAAUUAAUCGAGUCACCCGACGGUGAUCCAGAUGAAGUCAAUGUCCUGACAACGAAGUAUCUAGAAAAAUCCGAGUAUGGAUUCGACAAACCUUGGACAGAAACAAUCUUCGCAUACAUCACCGACGGGAAACUCCCAGCGGAAAAAUGGGCAGCCCGAAAAAUUAAAACCCAAUCUACGCGAUACGUCUUGGUGGAAGGAGAACUAUAUAAGUGGAGAUUUUUUGGGCCACUCAUGACCUGCUUAGAAGGGGAGAAAGCACGAGGGAUAAUGGAAGAAGUCCACUCUGGAUCAUGCGGAAACCAUUUGGGCGGAAGAUCCCUCGCAAUCAAAAUCAAACGCCACAGACACUUUUGGCCGACAAUGGUCAAAGAUUGCGAGAAUUUUGCUCGAAAAUGCGAGAAGUGCCAGAGGCACGCUCCUACCAAUCAUCAGCCGGCAGAAUUUCUCUCGUCGAUUUCGCCCCCAUAUCCAUUCAUACGAUGGUCGAUGGACAUAGUCAGACCCAUACACAGGUCAACGUAA